CGCACCUUUUGUGUCGGCGCAGUGCUCAUUUUUGGCUGUCAAAUUAAGCACGCCUCUCAGGUGGAUUAAUGCGACCUCGUAGGUGUGAUCCGGAGGGUAUUCCAUCAACCGGCUUUAUAGUUCAGCGUCUGCCUUCUUUGACGUCGACGGGUGAUUGGACAUAGUGACAAGAUGGAGUCCGUGGCUCGUGACAAUGCACCGACUCAAAAAGCAGGCGAGGCAAUGCAAGUUCUGAAGGGCCAGCGAUUUGAGUGCACUGGACAUCCGCAGUAGUCGCCGGGUCUUGCCCGGAUAUCAGACGUCGAAUAUCUUUUUUGAAGUGUUAAAGAAGCUCCAGGAACGAUGUGUCAAAUGAGAACUUCGAGGUGACGCCAACCGGAAGGUUCUCCACGUUUCCGCCGACAGACACUCAUUGCUUCCGUGGAUUGGAUUGGAUUGGAUACCUUGGAUGCGUGCUGGAUUGAACACCGGGAAUGCCGAGGCGGAGUGGCGCUAAACGACAGUCGUCGUAUCCAUCGUGGCGGCUCCCAGACUUGCACGUUGGGAGAGGUCCCUGCUGCCUCCGUUUCCUGUCUUCUCCCAUUCUCGUCUCCCUUUGGCUACGCCACGGAACGACAGGGCCAAGUGUUCCCGUACUGCACAACAUAUACUCCUGCCUCCGCACGCCGUAUCCCCGUCGCAAGGUCGCUCUGCUGUGUCUGGUGACCGGCCUUGUUUCGGCAGGAGUGGACGUUCUUGACCGGAAUGGCAACCAGGGACUGCCAGCAGUGCAUGCCGCUCCUGCAUUUGAGGUUGACGCUGGCGCUUACCCAAAGCAAGGACAAUCAUACGAGUUUGGGUAUAACAUCGACGACGGAGCCGGCACUAUCCAGUACCACAGGGAAGAGAGCGACCAGAACAACAGGCGUCAAGGCUCAUAUGGCUACCACGAUGCCAACGGGAUUUAUCGCGAAGUGAACUACGUUGCCGAUGAACAUGGAUUUCGAGCAUGGAUUAAGACCAACGAACCCGGCACGUCGAGUCAACACUCGGCGGACGUAGAAGUAACGGCAGAACAGCCCCCGGCGCAAGCGUUAAAACCCAACGGGGUAUCCGACAAAGCAGUCCACAAGGACAAGCACCAGCGUACAGCACGACCUCUUGUUAACCCUCCGUCAAGCGGCGUGCCUCAAAAGCCCGUGACUGAAGUGCACCCAGUUCCAGGAGUCCCUGCUCCGGCUGUAGCUGCCUUUCCUGCGUUUCACGAUCCAGCACCGCAAAAGCUUACGAAGUUUACAUUAUCCGAUGCCAUACACGUACCACGGCGAAAGCCGCUAAUGCGAGAGACGCCUCGCGUACAACGAGUACAUUAUAUUCCAAAUUACAUUCCUAUUACACGGGUAGUUCCAGUGGUUCGAGUCCCGAAGGGACUGCAAAGUUUCCAUCGCCAGCAAGUACCGCAUGUUUACGUGGAGGAUGCUCCCAUCCAGUCAUCAGUGACGUACUGGCCCUUUGGUCAGCAAACUCGACAGCUUCAGCCGGUUGUUACCCACGUAACGCGUGCAGUUCCAUUGUACACCUCCGUACGGCCAUUUCCAACCCUUCCUUUUGACUCGGUGUCCGACUAUAUUAGCCAUCAAAGACGUGCAUCAGCAGAGCCCCAGGGGGUUACCUACGCAAAUAGUCCUUCAGGAACGGCUCCCCGUCCUACAACAGUUUCUAUCUUAGAAAGAGUAGCAAAAGUAGCGCAAAGUGAAAGGCAAGGGUACAUUAGCAAUUCAUGAACGUAAUAGCCCGUUCUCGCAAUUCAGCAUCAGCAUUUUGUACAUAUUUCAUGCAUUAACAUCUUCCGAUCCUGUUCUCGAGCCCAAACUGGUUCUCUACUACUUUCAGGGUAUUUAUUUCUGGUUGAUGGAUGUACCCAUCUUCGGUGGAAUGUUUUUCUGAAACCAUGAAGUGGCUUUUCCAGGAGCUGCAUGAUACACUCGGCGAAACGCCGUAAACUUGAAAAGUACAAUGCUUCACUUGUGACACUAAUCUCAAUGUGUAUUGAGACAUCUGCAGUCAACGGUGUGAGACAGCUUACAAAAUGUGUGACUACUUCAAGGCAUCCCAAACUCGACUUUCGUGGACAUUGAGAUUAUGCUCUACUUCUGAAUAUAGCGUUUAUAUUCAU